AUGUCCGGCUUAGAACCCUUGGCAGCUCUGGGUCUGGCAUGCAACAUCCUGCAGAUCGUGGAGGUCGGUCGGCAGACCAUUCAACUCGCCAAAGUCGUCUACGACAAUCGCUCGCUUGACCCGACCCUCGAGGACCGUACGUCUUCCUUACAGAAGAUUUCGACUGAUAUCAAGAAUGUCAACGUACCGCAAAGAUGGCCAGAACUGCAGAGAGUGGUGGACGUGUGCUUUGCUGCUGCGAGAGAACUACAAGAGAAGGUCGACUUCCUGCUUCGCAACGCGAAGCCAGGGAGUCGGCUUUCAGCAAUGAAGAUUGCGGCCAAGGCCAAUAGGCACAAAGGCCGAUUGGACAGUCUACGAAAGAAGCUCGAUGACGCUGAGAAGACGAUGCAGACUGGCCUGCUAGCCAGCCUCUGGUAA